AAGGUUUCAAGUACUUUAUAACUAAAUUUACAAAAAAUAAUCAAAAUAAUAUUUUUAGCAAAGGUCAAAUAGUGGCAGAAAAUGAAAAUGAAGGGUUACCAUUUGAUUUGAUUAAUCAUUAUAAAAAAAAUAAAUGUGUAAGAAGAGAUGGGAGAAAUGCUUUUGAAUUCCAUAAACUUUUAGCUGAACAAGGAAAUAUAAAUGCAAAAUUUCAACUUGGUUAUUGUUAUGAUGAAGGAAUUGGAAUUGAUAUUAAUAAAGUAAAAGCAUUUGAAUUAUACAAAGUAGCAGCAGAAAAAGGAAAUAGUGAAGCACAAUAUAAUUUGAGUUUUUUGUAUGAAUUAGGAGAAGGAGUUGAUAAAAAUGAAGAAAAGGCAUUUGAAAUAAUUAAAAAAUUAGCAGAAAAAGGAGAUUUAGAUGCAAAUUAUAAGCUUGCUUACUACUAUAAUAAAGGAAUUGGAACUGAAAUCAAUAAAUCAAAAGCAUUUAAAUUAAUGAAAGAUUUAGCAGAAAAAGAUUAUNAUGCUCAAUAUAAACUUGGAUGUUAUUAUGAAGAAGGAAUUGGCACUGAAAUCAAUAAAUCAAAAGCAUUUAAAUUAAUGAAAGAUUUAGCAGAAAAAGAUAAUGUAGAUGCUCAAUAUAAACUUGGAUGUUAUUUUGAAGAAGGAAUUGGAACUGAAAAAGAUUUUAAAAAAUCCUUUUACUGGUACCAAAAAGCAGCAGAAAAUGGUGAUGAAGUUGCACAGUAUAAUUUAGGAGAAUGUUAUGAAUUAGGGAUUGGUGUAAAUAAAGAUGAAAUUAAAGCAUUUGAAUUUUAUGAGAAAUCGGCCGAAAAUGGAGACAUUAGUGCAAAAUUUCAACUUGGAUAUUGUUAUAUAAAUGGUAUUGGAACUGAAAUUAAUAAAGAAAAAGGAUUUGAAUUAUAUAAUGAGGCAGCUGGCACUAAUAUCCGAAUUAACCUCAUUGAAAGUGAUGAAGAAAUAGUAAAUGAUUUAGACAAGGUUAAUUAUUGGUAUCAUAAAGCCGCCGAAAAUGAUAAUAAACUUGCAUUAUAUAAACUAGGUGAAUUUUAUGAAUUAGAUAAAGGUGUUGAUAAAAAUGAAAGACGUGCAUUUGAAUUCUAUAUGAAAUCAGCUGAUCAAGAAUAUAUAGAUGCUCAAUAUAAAGUUGGGUAUAUUUACAAUUAUGGAACUCAGAUUGAUAUUGAUAAAGAAAAGGCAUUUAAUUACUUUAAGAUGGCUGCAAAGGGAGGAAAUGUUGAUGCACAAUAUAGCCUAGCAUCUUUAUACGAACGAGGAGAAGGAGCCGAAAAAAAUAUUGAGAAUGCUAUUUAUUGGUACAAAAAAGCUGCAGAAAAUGGAUGCCUAGAGGCUGAAAAAGGUUUAAAUUUAUUAUCAAAAUAGAUAACAUAAAUUCUAAAAAUUUUAUCUUAGAAUCUCGAUUAGAUUGAUUUAUUAAAGCAAAUGCAAUUAAAAAGAUUAAUUUCACUCUAACUUAAAUAGGGCGCAGAAAUAUAUAUAUUAGGGUCAGGCGGCGAAAAAUUUUUUUACUAUGAGCUUUACGCAGUGACUUUCUAUAUGAGUAGUACGCAUAAUUGACACCUGGAUAUUGAAAAUCCUGCAAAAAUGCGUAAAUAAAAUUUCAGACAUUGGAGUUCGAAUAAGAAUUUU